AUGACAACGAUGUUCGUCCAACUGCGUCGUGUGGUGUACCUGUUGGUGCUUUUGCAAUGUUGUGUGUGUGCGGCAUAUGGGAAAAGUGGAACCAAAGUUGAGGGGGCGGAGCCAAGCCAGGAGGAAGGAAACGAGACUGAGGUAGCAACGUUAGACGCAGUGAAAGCAAGAAGGACGGUGGUGGACAUUCCAACGUACACAACAGAGGAAAUCAAUAACGAUAAGUAUCUGAAGGAAAAUAAUAACCGCGAUUUCAGACAAGCAGUGGCGAAGGUUAUGGUGGAUAUUAAAGGUUUGUCGACCCAAUAUUCGAAAGGGGUGGCUUGUUUGAAAGCGUUGGAUAAGGUGGUUGAAGAAAGUGAGAAAACGGUGGAGAAGGCCGAGGAAGCCACCGAAAAAAUAAAAAAGCUUACCCAAAGGAUCGAUAAAAUUACCGAAAAGAGGUUGGUGGAAGACGGUAAGGGAACAGGAAAGGAGAUGAAAGUAAUAUUCCUAAAGGAUGAUAAACAAAAGGAAGAGUUCGAGAAUCUGUUAAAGGAGAUACCGGAGGCACUCGAGAAGGCAAAGGGCAAGGGACCUGACGAACAGAUGGUGGUGGCAAUUGCCCAGGCGAAUCACACAAGGGAAGUAUGUAGGGUUGUGCGUAUUAACGUGGACGAUGUUUUGGGGUCCCUCAACAACAGUUUGAACGGUUUGAUUGCUUUUCCGCAGAACGACUAUGAUAAGUGUGAGAUGGCCGUGAGGGUGAGGGAUGCAGGCAAGGCGGUACACGACACAAUGAAGAACGUCACGGCUCUAAUGAGUAACGUAACCGUUUUUGAGAGAAUUAUUUUGGGCAAAGCAGAAGAUCAGGUGAAAGACUGGAAAAGUGCGAUGGAGAAGUUUGAACUAUUUGCACAAAUGGUCGAGGCGUACAAUAAACUGGAUAAGGAGACGCAAGCCAAAGUGAAGGACGGGGAGGCGCUUGCGAGUAAUAAAGAAUAUGUGGUGGAGAAAGGAGAUGGACUUGAAAAGAUAAAGGAGACUGUCAAGGGACCGAAAGAAGAGAUUGAUAAUCUCACGGACAAAAAUAAUGAAAUCGCGGAAAACAAAAAGACGGUGGCUGUUGGGAAGAUCAACAAAACGAUAUACGAUGAAAUUGACAAGGAGGACAAUCUUUUGGCAGAGGAGAAGGUAAAGAUCCAAAAGGAGAAAGAAGAAGCGGCAAGGAGGGAGAAGGAAGAACGAAGGAGACAGGAGGAAGAACGACAAAAACAAGCGGCAGCUGCAGAAGCAGAGGCGCAAAGAAUAAAGGAAGAACAGGAGAGAAAGAAAAGGGAGGAACAGGCCAAGAAGGAAAGAGACGAACAAGCGAAAAGGGAUGCGGAGGAAGAAGCGAAAAGGGCGGUAGAAGAAAAGGCCCUACGGGAUGCCGAGAAGGCGAAGGCGGCCGCAAAAAAAAAGAGGGAUGGAGCUGUCAGUCCUGCAUUGGUGCACAGUCCAUUGUUGCUUCUUGUGCUGUGUGUAUUGGGUUGCACUUUCGUGUGCUGA